AGGACGUACCCGAGGCCACACGAGUACCUGUCCCCGUCAGACCUCCCCAAGAGCUGGGACUGGCGCAACGUGGACGGUGUCAACUACGUCAGUGUCACCAGGAACCAGCACAUCCCCCAGUACUGUGGCUCCUGCUGGGCCCAUGGCAGCACCAGUGCGAUGGCAGAUCGCAUCAACAUCAAGAGGAAGGGUGCGUGGCCCAGCACACUGCUGUCCGUACAGAAUGUCCUUGACUGUGGGAAUGCUGGCUCGUGCGAGGGAGGCAACGACCUGCCGGUGUGGGAGUACGCUCACAAGCACGGCAUUCCCGACGAGACCUGCAACAACUACCAGGCCAAGGACCAGGAGUGUAACAAGUUUAACCAGUGCGGGACCUGCACCGAAUUCAAAGACUGCCGCCCUGUCCGGAACUACACCCUCUGGAAGGUGGGCGACUACGGCUCUCUGUCUGGGAGGGAGAAGAUGAUGGCAGAGAUCUACGCCAAUGGUCCCAUCAGCUGUGGAAUAAUGGCAACGGAAAAGAUGAUUAACUACACUGGAGGCAUCUAUGCCGAGUACCAGGACCAGCCCUUCAUCAACCACAUCAUCUCCGUGGCCGGGUGGGGUGUCAGCGAUGAUGGGACCGAGUACUGGAUUGUCCGCAAUUCGUGGGGUGAACCGUGGGGUGAGCAAGGCUGGAUGAGGUUGGUGACCAGCAUGUACAAGGACAGGACUGGAGCCAGCUACAAUCUCGCCAUUGAGGACCAGUGCACGUUCGGAGACCCCAUUGUUUAACCCAGCUUCCUCAGAUGUGACCUCACAAGCCACAGCCAGAGGGAUCCUCCCAUGUGUGCCCUGGCUGGGUGGUCACCCAAGGUGAUGGCCAAUCAUGGACACUGGUGGUGGUGCUGAACCCCUCCGAGGGGCGCCUGUUGACAUGUGGCACCAGCUGAUGGGGGGGGCAAGUAUCUGCACUGACCAGCUACCGAGGAGUGACCUGGAGCAGAGCUGGGCUCUGGCUCUUGAGCACAGGGCAGCUGUGAGCCGCACUGUGCUGUGACAGGCCCCUCACCAGUCCUGGUGUCACCUUGGAAUGGGAGGUGGGGAGAGUGAGAGAGAAAUCUGAAAUUACCCAAGUAGUGAAUAAAGUAUCUAGCCUCACUCAA